AUGUAUAUCUCUGCUUCCCUGACGCUACUAGCGUUUAGUUUCUACUGCGCUGCUGCAGCUAGUGCACAGGAAUCAGAGGCAAUCGAGCCACUAUUCCUUGAGUUCUCUAUUCAAGAAGUCCUUACCAACACAUCCUGGAUCCCGGUAGUCGAGCCAUGGGCCAGCCAGUAUGUCAGCGUAGUUCGCGAGGGUAGAUACGGCGAUGCCGUAUGGGCACGGUAUCACAUUGCGGGAGAUGUACGCAACGGCAUCGUCGGAGGCACGACCAACAUGACAGUGCUUCAGAGCAUCGAAGAAGAUGCAUUAGGCUAUAAAAUCAGCGACCCGGAGGACUAUGCCAAGGCUGAAGCAUUCUAUGCCCAGACAAGCGACCAUGACGGACACAAAGACAUCAUUCAGACUCUUUCACAUAUCUACAUCCAAGAUAUCAGACCACAGAUUAUCAGCCCACAUCUUAAUGUCCUGGACGAACGACCUGGCGAUGCCAGCUUUGGCGCCUUGAUUGACGUAGUGUCCAAAGUUUCGGUCCUGACAGAAGUGCCUCAGUUGGUCUUCGUGACACUACCCGCGCUGAGAAAUCCAGCUUUCCAGUAG